AUGGUGAAGCCACAGGUUCCGAAAUCUCUUCUGUUACAUGAAAACGGGGAGUUUUCUGCCGGGUCUUCAACUUUUUAUACUUCAGUGGUUGAAAGUAACCAUAUUAAUGAGGAACCGUCAACCUCUGAUUUGAAACAACGGCUGGAGCUUCAAAAUAACAUGUGUGCUGGUUGUGGUAUGAAGAUAAAUAAAAUAUACGCUCGACGGAUGCAACUCUGUAAUUAUUACAAUAAACUGUUCUGUCAACGGUGUCACCAAGGUGUUAAAAUGCGCAUUCCAGCUAGAAUUUUACACCAAUGGAAUUUUCGGGAGUAUCCAGUUUCUGAUAUUGCACGACGUUUCCUACUGGAUAAUUACUCACAGCCAGUAAUAAAUGCAUUAGCAGUAGAACCAAAUUUCUAUGAGAAAUUCAAAAAUCUGCGACAUAUAAGAGUUUUGCGUCUUCAACUUGUCCACCUUUGGUCAUUUAUUCGCCUCUGUAAUAUAGCAAAAAAUACUGUCACAGUGCAGGGAAAUUUACAAGCGAUGUAUUCUUCUGUGCCAAAACAUUUACUAGAUGGACCGGAUUUGUUUUCAAUGGUUGAUUUUGAGGAUAUCAGGAAUGGUAGCUUUGCUCGUUUAAUUGAACCUCUUAUUCGUUAUGGCAAAUGCCAUGUGAACAGUUGCGAGGUAUGUCAGGCAAAAGCGUUUGUAUGUGAACUGUGUGACGAGCGUGACGACUUACUGUUUCCCUUCCAAUUUAAUAAAGUUGAUCGUUGUGCAGAAUGUGGUUCUUUGUCUCAUGUCAAAUGUGCGGCUAGACGAAGAAAACAGUCAUUGCCGUGUCCGAAAUGUGUCAGGAUUGCACUUAACAGAAGCAAAAUUAUGGAAUUUGGAGUCAGUUAUUCAUCACUCUGA